AUGAUUCACUGCUCAACCGCCGUAGUACUUCGAACCUGCAUUGAAAAAGACACGGUUUCGGAUGCUCUCACGCAAUUUUGGAAUCUGGAAAGUAUCGGCGUCAAAGAUGAAGAAAGCAUCUCAGACAGCGAACAGACACUACAAGAAUUCGAACGAAAUAUAACUAAAAAGGACGGUCGUUAUCAAGUUCGACUUCCUUGGAAGAAAACUGUAGAACUUGAAGACAAUUUCUCUGUGGCCACUAAACGCCUUGGAAAUUUGAUGCGCAAGCUCAUGAAGGACCACAGCCUUCUGGAAAAAUAUGACAAGACCAUACGUGUAUAUCUGGAAGAAGGUUCAGCAGAACGAGUUUCCAGUUCAAGUUACACACGUGAUCACCGACCGUACUACAUGCCGCAUCGAGCCGUGAUCAAGGAAGACCGGACUACAACAAAGAUUCGCAUCGUUUUUGACGCGUCCUCCAAUGAACGCGGAGCGAAAUCACUGAAUGACAACUUGGAAUCCGGUCCGAACCUAAACCCCGACGUAGCCACACUCCUCUUGCGUUUCCGGAGAUACAAGGUGGCUAUGACAGCAGAUGUGGAAAAGGCGUUCCUUCAGAUUGGUCUACAUGAAGAGGACAGAGAUUCCCUCCGAUUCCUCUGGUUCGCCAAUUCUCCCGAGGCAAAUCAACCAUUACCAGAAGAAGAAAUCUGGAGAAUGACCAGAGUAGCCGUUUGGAGCAACUUCAAGCCCUUUUCUUCUGAUGGCCACCCUGCAACACCAUUUCCGGUGCGCCGAAAACCGCUACAAAUCGACGGCUCUCCUGCUUCAGAAAUCCAUGUACAUGGAUGA